AUGUCUUUGCCGAGUGCUGCAGGAACAGACCACCUGUGGCAGAGACAGAGUGGACUGCUCGCAUCUGACUGCGAACUAAAGGCUGAAGUGAAUAGGCUACAGGGCCUGCUAGAAUCCUCUGAGCUGAGCAACCACCGCCUCCCCAAGCGAACAUCUGACGAGCAGUCCCACCGCCGCACAUCUGCAGAACUACUGAGAUACAAGUCUUUGCCAUCGUUAUCCUGCGUAGAAACCUCAUUUAUCGGCAAGCCAGAGCACGACCGACAUAGGAGCCCACCAGGGGGCGACUCACAUAGGAGCCCACCAGGGGGCGUCCAGCAUCGUCGCCCACCUCGUGAACAUAUCGCCGUGACCCCAAGCAUCGCUUCGACGGUUCCUCGUCAGGGCGGAAAAACCACGCAGUCCCAUCAGGUGGCGCCGGUGCUCGACGAAAGCUCGCCACCCGCACGACGGAACUGCGACUCGAGCGUUGGGGCGAUUCGUCCGGUCUCGAGCCUCGCUCACUCGUCGGACCACGUGCAGAUCAACUACAGGUUGAGGUCUUUCGGUGAUCUCACCAACUGCAGUCGCCGUGACAACGAGACAGACCUCGCGAUGACCUGUAAAGAAAAUGUGCCGCAGAGCCACCUGGUGGUGGCCAGCAAACACAGCAUGCUCGAUGAUUUAGACGCGCCCCUUUUUGGUGGCUACGACUCUGAUUCGUCGACAGCUGGGGCAGCCCAACGCUCCCUGGAGCUCAGCCAAUCACUGCACAAGCACUGUCUUGACCUUGAGGGGGAGGAAGACGACAGCAGUGAUGAUGAGAAGGGGGAUGGGCAGGCAGCAUCACCUACCCGCCCGCUGUCACAACAGAAACAGGCUAGGCACUUGAACGUUGAUGCGGCGCAACUGGAGAGGGUGCUACACCAAGUGCGCGGUGCGAGCGUUGAAGCAGAGGGCGCCGGUAUAGACUCGCCGGCGGACAGGGCUCAUCAUGACUUGCAGCAGUUACAGCGACACGAGAUCACGCGGCAGCUGCUGCUGUCCGAGGUGCAUUACAGCGCCACCUUGUGGAACCUCCAGCAGAUGUUCGCUGAGCCGCUGAAACGCAGGACGAUUCUCAACACAAAGGAGAUCAACAUGAUGUUCCCUGUUGAGCUGUACACGCUGUACGAACGGCACUGCAGCUUUUUGGAGGAUCUGCAGUCCACCAUUCUCGCAGCAUCUGACUCCGAUCUCCUGCUCGGGGGUUGCCUAGCAACGCAUCUCCACUCCAGGAAGGGUGAUACACUGGGUCUGUACAGUUGCUACGCUGAAGACUUUGCCAACGCUCAGAAAAUGAUGAAGCGAUGUUUCCAGGAGUCGCACGACUUUCGCCGCUUCAUAACGUGUGCGCUGAGGAGAGCUGGCUGUGAGAACUCGGACCUGGCGGCCAUGUUGCUUGCUCCCGUACAGAGAGUUCCUCAUUACAUGCUGCUCAUCAAGACGCUGCUCAAGUUCACUGAGGCCAGCCAUCCAGAUCGCUUGGAGCUAUCGGCUGUGCUCGCUUGUCUCAAGGAGUUUGUGUUGAAGCUAAACGACACUAUGGAACACUGCUGCCACCUGGUACCUGUUCCGCAACAUGGCACGCCUCAUCCGAUCAGGAAGCAGAGGGUGAAGGAGAACAUGACACAGAAGGAACGCUUGCACAAGAUUAAUCGCUUGGAUCACAUUUCUAGCCACGGAGUCAUCAUCGAGCCCUCAAUGGUGUCGUUUUCCCCAGAGACGAGUCAUCUGUACAGGUACAUGGCCGACAGUAGCUCUAGUGAUGACGACAUGGCCGCAGCGAUGAGCAAGUGUAAGGUGGUGUCAGCCACGAGCGAGGCACAUCCCGCAAAGCCCUUCUCCCGCAACUGCGUGCAUCCGGUGUCGACUGCUCCCGGGUUAUCCGACCCUGCCACCGCCGCGACCGCACGCCUCCCGAAGUUCAAUGCGUUCGCCGUGUCGACGCCGCCGACGUCGCCAGAGGGCGCCGCGAGGCCCGCGUCAGGCGGUCGCGCUUGGAAGCUGCGCGUGCAGAAGUCUAGACUCGGUACGCAGCAGAGUUUGGACAUCGCGGCCGGCGGAGCGUCGCCGGACAACGGUCAGCGACAGAAGUCGCUGAGUCUGCCCCGGGCAGCGGGAGAGCAGCUUCAGACGGUGGCGCCCCCGCGGCACGACGGCGGCCCGCUACACCUCUUCCUGGGCAACCUGCGACAUCGCAAGCACCGGGUGGAGAGCGCGCAGGAUGAUCGUAAAGCGCGCGGCGUCCGCCCCGUCGAAUCUCCCCCCAGUACUGCGCGAGUAGCGAGCGCCGAGCAGGGACUGGCGCGGUCACCAGGUGGCAGCGCAGCACCCCAGUGUGUGCCCGCUGUCUGGGGCGAAAACGGGUCGGAUCGGCCACCGGCAGAUGGUGCCGCCAAGCACACGGGUGUCAACGGGAACUCGGAGAAGAAUAAGGGUUCCAGAUUUUCCCUGAGAGGAAUUUUCUUCAAGAAAAAGCGCGUCAGUGAUCGCGUGACGGAGCUGUCAGCAGAUGACGCCAGCAGUGUGAGCAGCUCUGUGAGCGACGAAUCACAGAACGUCGCGUCGCGGAAAGGUUCCAUCCCACGUGCAGAUGCUUAAAACCGUGGACGGCAAAGACACAGGUGGGCGGGGAUGCUUAGUCGUGGACGGCAAAGACACAGGUGGGCGGGGAUGCUUAGUCGUGGACGGACGUGGACGGCAAAGACACAGGUGGGCGGGGAUGCUUAGUCGUGGACGGCAAAGACACAGGUGGGCGGGGAUGCUUAGUCGUGGACGGGAAGAAAGCAGGUGGGCAGCGGCCUACAGCUGAUGUACAGCGCUGACUCCUACUGAUGGACAAUGAGGAAGUUGCUAUCUCCUUGGUGCUACCUUGAGAUUUUUAGGAAGAGGGAUCUGUUGUCAACAGUGCUAGCGUUUUGUACUCACUACUUACUCAUCGAUCGUACGAUGUACGUUUGGCGGUAAUCUCAGGAUGCCAUGUAGCAAUCGCACUGAUCACAAAAUGUAGUCAUCACAAAAUGCUGUUUUAGCUGCAUAGAUGGCGCCAGCAGUCGUAUUUUGUUAAUGCCACGAAGGCAAUAUUGUUGCAAACACACCAUGUAACCCACCAAGCGAAAAAACAUGCUCAGUACAGCUAGUGAAGUUUAAAAAAUAUAUUAUAAAAAUUAUAAAUGCGUCUCAUGUAGUGUAAAGUGAAAAAAACCUGAAUGAUUAGACUAUUUUUAUACGUGUUCUCCAGGAAUAAUCAAUGGCAGCUUCAAUGUGUUAUUGCUACCAGUGCAUGGUUUUUUAUCCAUCAGUGAUGGGCACAGGAUUUCCUGUAUUCACUAAGCCUCCUUUUUAAACAGCAUCUGUCUUUAUUCUGUUUUAAAGUCUAGCCGUGUUGUUGGCACUGCUACGUAUGUUUUUACGCCCCACAUAAGUAAUGGUUGAGUUUAUGGGUAGCUUUCGGAAGAAGUUGGAAAUUUCUCCAAAUGUUAGUCAUUCUUGAGCGGCAAUCAAAAUAACGUUUUUUUCGAUGUUUAAGCGUGAGUAGAUGUUGUACAUAAUAUAGAAUGUGGCUGUCACAGUCCAGUCGUUUUUUGCACGUAGCAACACAUCUUAUAGAUGUGAAACAAAUGUGACACAUGACACCUGUACGUUACAGGUAAUAAGACAGAUCGAGAUCUUUCCAGUAAAAUGUACAUGCGACAGAUAAGACAAACCUGAAAGGCAGAAAGUGUACAGGUUACAAGUAAGAAACACCUGAUGAACAAACAUGUAUGUGUGCCAGCUAAGACAUAUCCGACGGGCAAAAAAUUGUUAAUGUGCUCGUCGAAAAGAAUAAUAGUGACAGGCAGGACAUGGUUACGUCAGUUUAGAUACAGAUUUAACAAGUGAACAUAUCUGGGAGUGAUGGUGUGUGGACACGCGUGUGAUGAAGGAUGGGACGGAGUGAACGGCGUUAUGCGAAACAUGCACAACCUCGCAAAAGUUGGUGAAAACAAAUCACGGGUUGAAGCGAAAAACAACGGGUAAUUUUUCUAGGUGCAGUCUGGUGCUGGGUUCUUAUCACAAUGACGAUUACGUUAGCCUUACUCUUGGCUCGAGUUUGUUGUGUACUACGCUCAUGAUUCGUACGAUCGAAUUCGUAUUUCUUUUAACGACCGUAGAGAUUGAUUGAACUGACUUGUUGAUGAUCAGGUGAUCAGGUCACGUUGGUUCUCUAUUGGUUAGGGUGGAUGCUAUUUUAGCCUGGGUGGUAUACACGUGUGCGUUGAUGUCAGGGACGUGUAAACAGCUGACAUAUUUGUUUCUGUCGUGGUGCUUGUAUGAGUUUCAACCAGGUGUGGUGCUAGUAUGCCCGUAUUAUCAGUCAUUGUUGUUACAUGACCAUUAUUACACAACCGUUAUGGCGGUUUAAAUGGCUUUUUAUUAUUAAUAAUAUUAUUAUUGUUAUUACGCACCGCCGACCUUGUACUCAAUUUACCGUUAAAUAGUUGCAGUGCGUUGCCAACAGAUGGCACUGCCUGGCUGUCGACGUAAUGGAGCUUAUUGUGGGAAACCGGUCACCUGCAGCAUGUGCGUAAUCAUCGCGAAAUGCGCGCACCGGAUUGGCGGGUGAAGCGGCAGGUAUUUGUGACGUCACGUAUACUGCGGUGUAGGUGCCGACACACGGGGGGUUAUUGCCCAGGUCUUCUACUUUCGCAUUUAUCGCAAUUUGGGGACGUGAACGGUUUAUUGGCUGAGCGUGCGUAAACGGCAGACGCGUUAGUGACGUAGCAGCGGAAAGCUCUGACGUCACGCUCGUGCAUGCGCGCGGCGCGUGCACAGGUAGUGUGUGCACACGCGCGUGUGCGUGUACAGGUAGUGUGUGCGUGCACACACGUGCGUGCGUGUACAGGUAAUGUGUGCGUGUACAGGUAAUGUGUGCGUGCACACGCGCGCGUGCGUGUGUGAAUAGCAACGUAUCUACCGCUGUCGUGUAUAUUUUUUAGUCGUCGGUUUUAGUCGUUGUUUUGUUCGAGUGGUUUCAUCGCUUGCCUUGUAUUCACGCGCUGCGAUACAGCUCCUCUUCCUAUAGCUGCUGUCACCACUUCGAGCUUUUUUACUGGCUCAUUACUUAAUGUUAAACACGUCAAUUGCUUACCAUUAUACAGCUCUAGUGCCUACCAUUAUAUGUUCCUUAUAUCUCUGCUAUAGCUUGCGAGCCUGAGACCGCAGUUUUCCGCAGGAUUCCAACUGCGAAUGUCUAUUUUGUUCUUGUUUUAAUUGCGUUUAAAGUGUUAUUGCUAACAAAAUGGCGUCUUAUCGAGGUUUCGCUGCGAGCUUUUCUGGAUUGUGUUGUGCCUCGUUAACGACGGCAUGUGUGAGCACCUUGCGACCAACCCAUCACCGGCUAGCUAUAUCUGCCGCGGUCGCCGCUGGACCGGAUAUGUCUGGUUAGGGAUUGCAGUAACUUGAGCUGUUAGGCGUGGAGAAUAUCACGAGUGUAGGCUGUGGUGGGUUUUUAUCGAAAAGUGUGUAGGGUUGUCGCGAUGAAAAAUGUUCCCCCGUUUUUCUGUAUUUUUAAGAUGUAUGUUACCAUGGUAUAUAU